AGUUCGCAGUUAAUUAUUUUAAUCAUUCUAUCAAUUUUCUGUUCGUGAAAUCAUGAAUUUUGUGCAGGAAAAUAGUAACGUAUUAUACAUUUGGAGUGGAACUAUUAGUGCCGACGUAGAACAGGAAGUAAACCAACUGAAAACCGUUCCCAAUGUCACGGUCAACGUAGAAAAUGCUGAUCGUGUUCAACUUGCGGGUUACGGCCAGUCCCAGUUUGACGUAAUUCUAGCGAAUGUUGCUUCCGGUAGUGCAGAAGUGGCCUCACAUUUGCUCAAGCUGGUGAAGCCAAAGGGAAAGGUAGUCUUCAAAGAUGACUCAGCCAAUACCGAUGUGACCCGUUCCAAUUUGCUGCUGUCUGGCUUUAUCAACAUAGCAUCACUGGAGGGCAAUGUUUUUGUCGCAGAAAAGCCAAACUACGAAAUUGGAUCGGCGGCAAAGCUUUCGUUGGCAGGAAACAAAGCCAAGGCAGCCGCGGUUUGGAAGCUAGAUGUCGAUGAUGAAGAUGAACGCAUCGAUGCCGACGAGCUUCUGGACGAAGAAGACAAGGUGAAACCAUCGGCUGAGUCCUUGAGAGUGUGUGGUACGACCGGUAAGCGCAAAGCUUGUAAAGAUUGCUCAUGUGGUCUUGCCGAGGAACUUGAGUCGGAAACUAAAGGUGCAACCAUGCAGAACAGUGAAUCAAAAUCAUCGUGUGGAAGCUGCUACCUGGGAGAUGCAUUCCGUUGCGCCACAUGUCCCUAUCUUGGAAUGCCUGCGUUCAGACCAGGCGAAAAGAUUCAGCUGUCGGAUACACAAAUGCGGGCUGACGUCUAAUUGAUUUUCCAUGUAUUUUGUUAUCCGUUUAUAAAGAAAGAAGAAGAAAAUUCCAAU